AAAGCACAGCUCGAACGUGUCUCGGCAGCCUGGCUGCGUCCACCCGCCCCGUGCUUGCGCCUUCCCUCCCUCCGGCGGUGGGUGGGGAAAGGAAGGGCAGGAGGAAGAGGAGGAGUGUGGCUCGUUCGGUGGCGAAGCUCAAGGACGGCGGGAAAGCAGAUGUGGGCAGGGGGCGAUGUUGUCCCGUACGCAGCAGCCCCAGCAAGAGGACGAUGCACCUCCGGAGGAGGAGGAGGCAGUGGUGCAGAUCCGGUUGGGUGACAGGUGCUUCCCGGUUUGCAAGAGGAAGCUGAUCGAGCAGAGCGACUAUUUCCGAGCGCUCUACCGCUCCGGGAUGCGGGAAGCAGGCGUGCGCGGCCCGGAGGUGCAGCAGCUCCGCGGGGGGCUCAGCGCGCUGGGACUGGAGCUGGUCUUGGAUUUCAUUAAUACCUCUUGCCUGACGCGGCUGGAACGAGACGAAGAGCUCCCCCUGCUGGAGGACCUGAUCGAGGCCGCCUCCUAUUUGCAGGUCACUCCCCUUCUGCGCCUGCUCCUCUCCCAGGUAAGGCUGGCUAACUGCCUUGAGCUCCACCACCUGGCCCAGAUCUACGGUCUCCAGGACCUGCAGGAUGCCUGCCUCGAUUUCAUGGCUGCCUGCUACCACCAGGUGCUUCGAAGACCUGAGGCCCGGCCCCAUCUCCUCCUACCUAGUGCCCUGAGGCAGCAAGUGAGGGAGAGGCGCAUGAAAGGUAUGGCUGCCUUGGUGGCCAUCGGAAGUUUUGUAGGGCCCUCUUCCCUAGGCUGGCACAUCCAGGAAGAUUCACCCUGCUCCAUGUUGAGAUACGACGAGAUAGUCCAGAGGUGGCUGCCGCUGCCAAAUAACCUGCCUCCAGACCUGGUCAAUGUGCGAGGUUAUGGGUCAGCAGUGUUAGACAACUACUUGUUCAUUGUUGGGGGCUACCGUAUCACUAGCCAGGAAAUAUCGGCCGCUCACUGUUACAAUCCUUGUCUGAACGAGUGGAAUCAGAUGGCUUCAAUGAACCAGAAAAGGUCUAAUUUCAAGUUGUUGGCUGUUAGUGGAAAAUUGUAUGCCAUUGGUGGCCAGUCCCUCUCCAGUGUUGAGUGCUACAGCCCAGAGCAUGACUGGUGGAACUUCGCAGCAUCUUUGCCAAGCCCCCUUGCAGAAUUUUCAGCAUGUGAGUGUAAGGGCAAGAUUUACGUCAUGGGUGGCUACACAACAAGAGACCGGAACUUAAAUAUCUUGCAGUAUUGUCCCAACUCUGAUAACUGGUCUAACUUUGAAUUGUGUGACAUCCAUAUCCGCAAGCAGCAGAUGCUAUCUGUGGAGGAGACAAUCUAUAUUGUUGGAGGCUGCAUACAUGAAUUGGGAUCAAACAAAAGAUCUAGCCAGAAUGAAGACAUGUUAACAGUACAGUCUUAUAACACAGCCACCAGAGAAUGGCUCUACCUCAAAGAAAACACGUCAAAAUCUGGUCUUAAUUUGACUUGUACUCUACACAAUGAUGGAAUCUAUAUACUGACCAGAGAUAUAUUGUUAUCCACAAGCUUGGAGCACCGGGUUUUUCUGAAGUACAAUAUAUUUUCAGACAGCUGGGAAUCACUUCGGCAUUUCCCAACCUUUGGACAAAACAUGUUGGUUUGUUCUAUAUAUUUGCCAAAUCUGAUCUGAGUGUAAAUGGAGCAAUUUUUUUCCCUGCAUACACUUCAUCAAUUGUUGAAUAAGAUGCCUUUAUCCUAAUUAUCAUCCUUUCCAAAUGGAGUAUAAAUUGUUCAUACUUGAAAAAUAGUUAUAAUAAGUUUA